AUGACUCGCUUUGAUGUCAUUCUCGGGAUGGAUUGGUUAGCCUUCUUUCAUGCUACAGUUGAUUAUUUCAGAGGAAGAGUCACGCCUUCAUCAUUGUAUGGAAUUCGUGAAUGGAGUCGUGGUGAUUACUUCUUGGCUAGUCUUCUAGCCGAAGAGGAGAAUGUUGUGGGAGAAAGUUAUCCGGCGGUUGUUUGUGAUUUUCUGGACGUGUUUCCAGAGGAUCUGACGGAGUUGCCUCCAUAUCGGGAAGUGGAGUUUACCAUUGAUUUGAUGCCUGGUGAAGGCCGAACAUCAGAGACCAGCAGGGUUGUUAUAACCAUUGCCUGUAGCACAAUGGAAAUGGGAACAGAUUGCGAUGGAUUUUAUGAUGCAGAGACACUUGGCGUUCUUUACGUGAAGGAAAUUGUAAGGUUACAUGGAGUUCCAGUAACCAUUGUGUCAGACAGGGAUGCUAAGUUCACUUCGAAGUUCUGGGAAGGACUUCAAACAGCGUUUGGUACAGUGUUUGGUUCAACGUUAAAUCUUAGCACGACAUUCCAUCCACAGACAGACGGCCAUUAUCAGGCGAGCAUAGAGAUGGCUCUAUUUGAGGCGUUGUAUGGCAGACCUUGUAGGUCUCCAAUUUGUUGGAUUGAGGUAGGUGAGACAGCUGCCUUAGGACCUGACAUUGUACUUGAGACUACCGAGAAAAUCAAAUUGAUCAGACAGAGGUUGCUCACAGCUCAGAGUCGACAGAAGAACUAUGCAGACAGGCGGAGACGACCACUAUCUUUUAAAGUAGGAUACCAUGUUUUUCUACGAGUUUCCCCAUGGAAAGGUUUAAUGAGGUUUGGGAAAAAUGGCAAGUUGUCGCCACAAUUCAUUGGACCAUUUGAGAUCUUGGACCAUGUAGGAGAGGUUACUUAUAGACUCGCUUUACCACCGCAGAUGGACAAGGUUCAUAAUGUUUUUCAUGUGUCGAUGCUACGGAAGUAUGAACCGGAUCCAUCUCAUAUUUUGGAUUGGGUCGAUGUGGACAUUGAUGAAGAUAUCUCCUAUCAAGAGGGACUAGUGCAGAUUCUUGACACACAACAGAAGGUGUUAAGGGUGAGGAAGCAGACAGGAAGGUUCAUUGCUCAAUUUCCUGCAAAUGACAUGUCCUUUACAGAAGGACAUGUACCAAGAGAACGGCUACCAACAGAUAUGUAA